AAGCACCAAUAGGGCCAACAAGCACCAAUAGGGCCCAAGAGCACCAACAGGGCCCACGAGCACCAACAGGGCCCACGAGAACCAACAGGGCCCACGAGCACCAACAGGGCCCACAAGCACCAAUAGGGCCCAAGAGCACCAACAGGGCCCACGAGCACCAACAGGGCCCACGAGAACCAACAGGUCCCCACGAGCACCAACAUGGCCCACGAGCACCACCAGGGCCCACGAGCACCAACAUGGCCCACGAGCACCACCAGGGCCCACGAGCACCAACAUGGCCCACGAGCACCAACAAGGCCCACGAGCACCAGCAGGGCCCACGAGAACCAACAGGGCCCACGAGAACCAACAGGGCCCACGAGCACCAACAGGGCCCACGAGCACCAACAGGGCCCAUGAGCACCAACAGGGCCCAUCAGCACCAACAGGGCCAACAGGGCCCAUCAGCACCAACAGGGCCCAUGAGCACCAACAGGGCCCAUCAGCACCAACAGGGCCCAUCAGCACCAACAGGGCCAACAGGGCCCAUCAGCACCAACAGGGCCCAUCAGCACCAACAGGGCCAACAGGGCCCAUCAGCACCAACAGGGCCCAUCAGCACCAACAGGGCCAACAGGGCCCAUCAGCACCAACAGGGCCAACAGGGCCCAUCAGCACCAACAGGGCCCAUCAGCACCAACAGGGCCCAUCAGCACCAACAGGGCGGCCAUGUGAAAUUGGGGGUCAAAUGAAAGCUAAGAGCCCCCCCAAAAAAUGAAAUGAAGCUAUAUAUACCCCCCAUCCUAUAAAUGAGGAAUAAACAAAGACUUUGAUUUCUGGUCAAACAGAUGAAAACGGGGUCUUAGAAAAGCUCUCUCAGAAACACUCUUACAAGGUGUUAUAAAUACAGCAAUCAAUACAAUGUAUUUAUGUAGCCAUCCGCUGAUAUCUCAAAGUGCUGUACAGAAACCCAACCUAAAACCCCAAACAGCAAGCAAUGCAGGUGUAGAAGCACGGUGGCUAGGAAAAACUCCCUAGAAAAGGCCAGUAGAGAGAGAGAGGUAGAGACAGCCGGUGCAGUAGAGAGAGGUAGAGACAGCCGGUGCGGUAGAGAGAGAGAGGUAGAGACAACCGGUGCGGUAGAGAGAGAGAGGUAGAGACAGCCGGUGCGGUAGAGAGAGAGAGGUAGAGACAGCCGGUGCGGUAGAGAGAGAGAGGUAGAGACAGCCGGUGCGGUAGAGAGAGAGAGGUAGAGACAGCCGGUGCGGUAGAGAGAGAGAGGUAGAGACAACCGGUGCGGUAGAGAGAGAGAGGUAGAGACAGCCGGUGCAGUAGAGAGAGAGAGGUAGAGACAGCCGGUGCAGUAGAGAGAGAGAGGUAGAGACAGCCGGUGCGGUAGAGAGAGAGAGGUAGAGACAACCGGUGCGGUAGAGAGAGAGAGGUAGAGACAGCCGGUGCGGUAGAGAGAGAGAGGUAGAGACAGCCGGUGCGGUAGAGAGAGAGAGGUAGAGACAGCCGGUGCAGUAGAGAGAGAGAGGUAGAGACAGCCGGUGCGGUAGAGAGAGAGAGGUAGAGACAGCCGGUGCAGUAGAGAGAGAGAGGUAGAGACAGCCGGUGCGGUAGAGAGAGAGAGGUAGAGACAGCCGGUGCGGUAGAGAGAGAGAGGUAGAGACAGCCGGUGCGGUAGAGAGAGAGAGGUAGAUGAAUAUCAACACUUACUGUAUGUUUAGUUUUGGAGACAUUUUCCUUCCUUCUGUAAGUUUAAGAAAUAUUGCCUUGUAUCUUGUAAUUCUUUUACCACAACCACAAUAUUGUCUAAUUUCUCUCCCUCAUGAGGAGGGGCAUAAUGACAGCCCGCAGAAAAAGUACAGGUAGACCUAUCAAUUUGUUAUAGUUCUUUUACUGAUAUACAUGUUGUUUAUAAAUUAUCAAGUGAUUAAAACUUGAAAUUCCCUAACCAAAUCGGUAAUGGAAUUUCCAUAAACGUUUGUAACGGAAUUUCUGCCAUUUAAUUUUCUA